GAGAGCUUGCUUGCUAGUGUCUUACAGACGCUAGUAAUCACAAAACCUUGGCCGCAACCCAGCCUGCAGUGGCCCUCAGGCGACUUUGUGGACGCGACGCUCUCACCUCGCAGCAGUCCUUGGUCCACCGGCCAGGAUUUCCAGCUCUACGCGCUGCCGGGCCCGAUAUCCAGCACCUUGCAUUGCAGCCUUGCCAGAGCAUCUAGUCCAGCCGGCGCUGCCAGGCAUAAAUGCGGCGCCUCCUCUGGCUCGCGGCCACGAGCGCGGCGCUCGUCGGCAGGGGCUCGUUGAAACCGAGGCGCUCCAUCCAAAGACGCGUCUUCGGCCGCCAGGGCAUUGACCUGAGACCAUUAAGACCGCUCGUCGACGUCGUCGAGGAAGAAUACAUCACGGCAGAUAGCAAACUGACCAAAGAUAGAUCGGUAGUUAUUGUGACCACCGCAUCGCUGCCGUGGAUGACGGGCACGGCCGUGAACCCCGCGCUGCGCGCCGCGUACAUGGUCGGAGGUGGGUACGAAGACGUCACUCUGUUACUGCCGUGGCUCGAGGACGACAACGAUCAACGAACACUCUUCAAUGGCCGGGUCUUCGCCAACAAAUCCGAGCAGGAGUUAUUUGUGCGAGACUGGAUUAAAAAAAAUGCCCCCGACGCCGACGCUUCUACCUUAAAGCUAGGCUGGUAUCCUUCGAGGUACGCCACGGGUUUAGGUAGCAUCCUCAACCUGGACGACAUCACGAGUCAUAUACCUUCCGAUAAAAAUGAUAUUGUUAUAUUAGAGGAGCCGGAGCAUUUGAACUGGUACCGCAACGGCCCGCGCUGGACGUCGCGCUUCCGCCACGUCUGCGGCAUCGCCCACACGAAUUAUGAAGCGUACGCCAUCGCCGACAACGAGGACAAGGACGGCGCGCCCGAAGAGUAUUUUAACGUCAGGGCCAGUGAGGAACUUCAAGCGCCCUUCAAUCUGGGGUCUCUCGCGGUCGGAGUGAGGUGUUUCUGUCUAUAUACGGUCGCGUGUAUCUCUCGGAGGUCGUGUCCGAGUUUGAGCCGAAAACAUGAGUCUCGAGACUCACUGGUUGCUUUCCACACAGGUCAAGGCGGAGCGGUUCUUCACGGAGACGGUGACGCGGGCCCACUGCGACGUGGUGGUGCAGUUGUCACGCACAUUGAGGCCGUUGCCGCAUUCGCGCGUCGAGAACGUGCACGGGGUCCGGAAAUGCUUCCUCGACGUCGGAGCGUCUGGCGGCCCGCCCGCGUACCAGCCGAAGCCGGGCAACGCGCGCUGCUACUUCGUCGGCAAGGCCAUGUGGGCCAAAGGGUAUACUCAGUUGUUAGUUCUGUUGCAGGAUUCGACAGAUGUCGAGAUUGAUUGCUAUGGUGGGGGUCCGGAACUGGCAGAUAUCCAGAACAAAUCAAGAGUCCUACAAACCUCCUUAAAUUUCAAGGGCCCGGCGGACCAUGCUGACUCCAGUAUAUUCGGGGCUUAUGACGUUUUUGUCAAUCCCUCUAUCUCGGAGGUGUUGUGUACGGCCACCGCCGAAGCGUUGGCCAUGGGCAAACGCGUCGUCAUCGCCGAGCACCCGUCGAACGAGUUCUUCUACCAGUUUGAUACCUGUUACAAGGUGCCGCCUGGGGAUUCGGAAGCCUUUUCGCGGCAGUUGCAACACGCGCUCGAUGCCGCGGCACAAGAUAGAGUCAGGUACAAGCCCUGGGCCUCUUCCCAGCUCCCCGAUUCGUUGAAACCAUUAACGUGGGCCGCGGCUACGGACCGAUUGGUGCAAGCGUCGGCACUAGACGCUCGAGCCCCACCUGCAAGACUGGCACUCGCGUCCCUCGUGAUGCACUCGUACCACUGGGGCAUGACGGCCUCGCCACUCGCAUUGGAUUUAUUUCUGACGAUGAGCGGUGCCGGCCCGCACACGCCCUGGAGCGAGUGGCGGGAACGGAGCAUCGGUCUCUCGUCGCUAAAAAGAGGGGACGAGUCCGACUCGAAAUUCCAGGAAAUCCUGCGACGUAAUUUAGCGACCACCUCCAAGGCCCUGAAGAACGCGAAUCGCCUCUCAAAGGUCAUCCAGGAGCGACUAAGGAAGAGGGACGGGGCCGCGCGGGUCGCGCGGCACAUGGGGCCCACCGUGUCCGGGCGGCCUCGACGACGUAGGAAGCUGCGGGAAGCGCUGCCGGGCCCCGGCGUGCCCGACGCGGCGGAGGAGGAGGAGUCGCUGCUCGAGGAGUCGCUGUUCUUCGACAGCGAGGAGCCUUCUCCGAAGGAGUCGUGGCCGCGGACGCGGCGCUUCUGGCGGCGGCUGCGCGGCGACGUGCGGUAUUUGUCCGCUUCUUGGUUGGAGCCGCGCCAGUUUAGGGAACGGGACCGGUCGCUGCCGCGACGCGUGGCGACGCGGGCGGCGCGGGCGACGCAGAGUCUGAGGCGGGAGCUGGCUCUCAAUAGGACGGCGACGAAGUACUUCCUCUAGGCUGGUUCCCCGUUUAAAAUUCGAAUUAUCAACUGCGCGAAAGGCGUCGUCCCACAGCUCGCCGCCGCCGACGCGCAGGAUCGCUGGUUUACCUCGCGUUCGCUAAAACUUCUCUAUGCACAUUUGUGGUGGUCGCAUCGACGGCGUCGCAGCCGUAUCG